CGUGUUUGGAAGCAAGGUUUCGAGUUGGAAGUUGAGCUCAGCUUGAGUGUUGCUCGUGUUCAGCUCUUCACCUUUAAUUGCACAACGCAUCUGCAUACAGCGCUUCGGACCGUAAGACCGCUCGGAUAUCCGGCUGUUUGUCGAUAACAAGGAACGAAAGGGAUGAUUGCGAUAUGCACAGUGUGUGGAUGCAUCCUCGAUGGACGUUUGCCCAUCAGCUCGCCCUUACUGCGUUCGCAGAUCAUCGCGUGCGGCAGCCGCCUUUUCUUCGGCUUCAAGAAAGCCUCCCAAUUCGCCAACGUCCAGCCUCCACCCGUUUUCCUUUCCCUCCAAGCCCAUACCGUUUCUGUCCAGCUCGAGAGGAAUCCCACAGUCGUCACCAAUUUUCACACGUUACGGACCGUUAUCGAUAUCAGGGUCUGUCUGCCAAUUCACCUCUCUGGAUGCACGGCACUUUCCCGCACGGAGCAAACACCACGCGUGAAGCAAGUCCUGCCCGUGUGGAAGAGACAUGUCUCUUUCUGACGGACAACUGCCAAAGGCUGGCCCCGAUCAUCUGCUGCAUACCGGGAGGUCUGGCCACCAGAGACUCGAACCGCAACACCAUCCGCUGGUCUACUCCAUCGAAAGAUUGAUCGCUCAAGCAUCCUCAACAUUGUAUAUUCUGAAAGAGCAUGAUAUGAUGAUAUCAUCAAGCCUCCAACACUUCCCCCACGUUCCUCUCGAAGCGGCCAACCAGAGC